CUGUUUGUCGGAAACCUGCCGUACUCGGUCGGCUGGCAGGAUGUCAAGGACCUGUUCCGACAGGCCGGCAACGUGGUCCGAUCAGAUAUCCCACUCGAUUACCAGGGUCGAUCCAAGGGCUUUGGCACGGUGCUGAUGGGCACCAUCGAGGACGCCAGGGCUGCCGUCAAGAUGUACAACGGCUAUGAGUGGAACGGCCGUCGCAUCGAGGUCCGCGAAGAUCGCACCUAUGUCGAAGGCGCCCAUAUCCCGGAAACCGACCUAACCCACUCCAACCCUUAUCCACAAACCGACCACACCCAGCCCCGGGCUGUCGCCGCUCCGGCCUUCAACGCCCCUUCGUACAACUCGGCCGUACCCAACCCUCCCGUUUCUGCCCCCGGCCGCCAGCUGUUUGUCGGCAACAUCACCUUCACGGUGCAGUGGCAGGAGCUCAAGGACCUGUUCCGCCAGCACGGAGACGUGAUCCGCGUCGACAUUGCCCAGGACGGACAGGGCCGUAGCCGUGGAUUCGCACAGGUGCUGAUGAGCUCGGCCGAGGAGGCCAAGGCCUGCAUCCAGGCCCUGAACGGGUACGAGUUCUUUGGACGACCGCUCGAGGUCCGCGAGGACAGAUACACAAGCGAGGCUGGCGGAUCGGCCGCCGGAACCCAGGUGUUUGUUGGCAACCUGCCAUACUCGUUCCGCUGGCAAGAGCUGAAGGAUCUCUUCCGAAACAGCGGCCUCAACCCGGUCCACGCGGACAUUAUGGUCGAGUCAGGCAUGGGACGCUCCAAGGGCUGCGGCACCGUUCGAUUCGCCAGCCGCGAGGAGAGCGACCGCGCUGUGAGAGAGUUCAACGGAACGAUCGUCUCUGGCCGCAACAUUGUUGUCAAGCUCGACAAAUUUGCAUAA